AUGUCCGGUAUCUCUUCGCUCUUACCUUCCACCACCGUCACUCCCCCAGCAACCGAACCAUCAGCCAUGGGCGGUCGAGCCUCCAAAUCCUCAUUCGGUGCAGAAUCGACCAUGUCUUUAUUAGUUGAUUCAUUGAAAGAUAGAUUGUUGUUCGCUGUACCUAAAAAAGGGAGAUUGAUGGAAAAAACUUUGGAACUCUUAGCAGGAGCGGAUAUCAAAUAUAACAGAGCUCAUAGAUUGGAUGUCGCUUUGGUUCAGAAUCAUCCUAUCGCCUUAGUCUUCCUCCCGGCAGCCGACAUCCCACGAUUCGUAGCCCUCGGAUCAGUCGCAUUGGGAAUAACAGGCCAGGACGUCAUCGCCGAAUCUACCCAUUCCGAACAGAUUGAAGAGCUACUGCAAUUAGGAUUUGGUAAAUGCUCUUUACAAGUUCAAGUACCUGUUACUGGACCUAUCCAGACUGUCGAGGGAUUAUCCGGAGGUCGGAUAGCCACCUCUUUUGAAGUUUUAGCUGGCGAGUUGUUCAACGGUAAAGAUGGUGUGGACUCGAAGACUGGAAAGCAGACAAAGGUCGAAUAUGUCGGUGGGAGUGUUGAGGCUGCUUGUGCGUUGGGUAUGGCAGAUGGUAUCGUUGAUUUGGUCGAAUCCGGAGAUACCAUGCGAGCAGCAGGUCUUCACGCCAUCCACACCUUGAUGAAAUCCGAAGCAGUCCUCAUCACAUCUAAAACCCCUCACCCGAGCUUGACACCGGAUUUGCAAUCUUUGAUCCCAUUGAUCAAAUCUCGAUUCGCCGGUGUAUUAGCCUCGAAGAAAUACGUUUACGCAUCUUACAACAUUGAGAGAAAACAUCUGGACAAAGCUUUGGUUAUCACACCUGGACGAAGGGCUGCUACUGUAUCUCCACUAGAGACCGAGGGUUGGGUAGCGGUCUCGUCAAUGGUAGAAAGGAAAGAAGUAGCGAAAGUCAUGGAUGAAUUGGAGAAGACUGGUGCGGAGGAUAUACUUAUCUUCGCAUUAGACAAUUGCAGAGUAGGAGUAUAG